AUGAAAUUUGCUUUAAGUUUAAUUUUCUUUUGUAUUUUCUCCACAAGCGUUGCAUUGGAAUUGGGACAUUUGUCCCGCAACAAUGCUGAGAUAGAAAAACGUAUUGCAGGUGGGGAUCUAGCACACGAAAAUCAGUUUCCAUAUCAGGCUGGAUUAAGUAUUGAACUCCAAAAUGGGUUUUACACUUGGUGUGGUGGUAGCAUUAUAGAUAAGAAUUGGUUAUUGACAGCUGCUCAUUGUGUUGAGAACGUUAUAUCAAUUACGGUUAAUCUUGGCUCAACCAAACGUUUGGAACCCAAACAUCAUCUAAAACUGACACCUGCUCAAGUUAUUUUACAUACUAACUGGAAUAACCGAACAUUGGAAAAUGAUAUAGCAUUACUGCGCCUACCAACGCCGCUUACAUUCAAUGAAUCUAUAUUUCCGAUCAAUUUGCCGCGUUUAGCUAAAACCUAUUCCACUUAUGCACACCAUGAAGGCACUGCCACAGGUUGGGGAAAAACUAAUGACGUUUCUCCUACGAUAUCUGAACACUUGCGCUAUGUCACAAGGUUUGUGGAAUCCAACGCUGAAUGCCAAUUCUUUUAUGGCGCAUCAGUACAUGACAGUAAUAUAUGUAUUGAUACUACUGGCGGACAAUCUACUUGCACUGGUGAUUCAGGUGGUCCAUUAGUAACACACGAUAGUACUCAUGGGCUUAUACUUAUCGGUUUAACAUCUUUUGGCAAGUCUUCCGGCUGUACCAAAGGUUAUCCCGCUGUCUUUACUCGCAUCACGUCGCACCUGGACUGGAUCCAGAAGAUAUCCGGUGUAGCUUAUUUUUAAAUAAAAUGCUUUGUGUCAGGCACACAAUAAUUAAAGUGAAAAGUGCAGGACACUACUAUAUUCAAAUCCAUUGACAACCUACUAAAGACUGCUUUUGUUUAUAAUGAAAUUAAAAUGUGGACAUUUAAAUGAGCAUGUGUAGAUCACUAUAGUUCAUU